CGGCUGGGUGACCAGCGGAAAGUGCAGUCGGACACAGCCAUGUCUGCUCCGGGCCCUGUUAUAAACCGACGGCCUGCCAAGAAACCGGACCGGCCUGCUGUUGCUCCCCUUUUGAAAAGUACCCCUGCUGAACCAGCAGGGUCCGGAAGUGUUGAGGAUUCAUAUGCGAAAGUGCAGAAAACCGCCGAGAAACCAGCCGAAGAGAGCAUUUAUGCUUCGAUCCCCAAGUCACAGAAGAGAGGGUUUGACUCAGACUUUAGCCCAUAUGCCAUCCAGUAUAUCCACGACCAGGGUGACACAGCCGAUUCCUAUACAGGUGAUCAAAGUCACGAUUAUGACUACCCCCUUGAAGUUGAAGCUGGCUCUCAAGUGAAGGGUCGGAUUUCCAAGUGCCGCGACAAGCUGCUGGCACUCUCUGCGCUCAAUCAAGAGUUGCAAAGCGAGCUCUAUCAGGCACGACAAGCUCGGCUUUCACUGCAAUAUGAGCUGGAGCGGUUACAGGCUGGCCAGGCCUCUUGACUGUGCUGGAUUGUUUUCUCUGCUUCCUUUCGGAUUGUCUUCUAUUUUCUUUUGUGAAUUUCGCACAUGUUUCUUUUCGACCAUGUGGUUGCGAUGUGUAGCUCAAUGUCUUUGUACUCUGCGGAUGUCUGCUGCGAAGUUCUGUUUGUAUGUUGCCGUUUGAAAGUUUAUUCUAGCAUGUUAGCUUUGCUGUUUCAGAGGCAUUUUUCUCCAUUUCUGUCUUCUUUUUUAGCGUGCCAGAGGUUGUCACUUUGCAUUCAGCCCGGUGCCCCCUUUUGAUGCUUUCACCGCACCCACUGGCGAAAGGUAUUUUAGUCUAAUAUGUGCUGCUACCUUCUUCUCUGCUGUUAGUCAGCUGGAUAAAGUCAGCUGGAUAACUAACUACUUAGUGUGUUGCCGUUUUCUAUCAUAGCAGCUGGGCGGUGUUUUCACCGCCAUGGCAUUCACCAGUGGCCACAUUUUUUUUGGAAUUUUUUUAUUUUUUUUUAAAAACCUCUAGUCUUUACAUUGAUUUUUGUAACAUUAUUCCUACCUGGAGUAGAGUGGUGUUUCGGCUGCUCGGCCAGUUCUGGGCCUCUUCGAAUUCAUUUGUUCAACCAUGGACGCACACAUAAUUAUCGUAGUGCAUGCAUUAUAUUAUGUACUACUUCUCAACGUAGUUGUUCUAAGUUGUUCUUGCAGUAAUACUUAUCAAAUUGCCAGCGCCAACUUCAGACUAUCUUCAACUCUCUUUUUUUCUUUGCAGCCUUCAUUUUUUAUACUGUUUCUGUAUCUUUCCUUCUCAGCAUCGACAUUGUAAUGAAUAGUGUGACAGUGAAGAUGUGUUGCAUACCAGUCUUCGUUUUUUA